CCUCUUUUCACACUACCCAAACCUCCUCUAUAAAAUCCCAUGCAAUAAUCUUCUAACAUUCACUUCUCAUCCACACCACAAAUAUUCCAAACUUAACAAACAACAAUGGCUGCUCUGUUCAAGGUUGUUUGCCUCGUCGCCUUGCUCGCUGCUGCGGCGGAGGGAGCAGGCGGCAGCGCGUGCGGCAAACUGUCCCCGGACAAAGUGGCGGUGCAGCUGGCGCCCUGCGCGGCUGCAGGGCGAGACCCCAAGGCCGCGGUGUCGAGCAGCUGCUGCCUGCAAGUGAAGAGGAUUGGGAGGAAUCCUAAAUGCCUAUGCGCCGUUCUACUCUCGGCCACGGCCAAGGCCUCCGGCGUCAAACCGGCCGUUGCCAUCACCAUCCCCAAACGCUGCCGUUUGGCUAACCGACCCGUCGGCUUCAAGUGUGGGCCUUACACCUUGCCUUGAAUCAAGCGUUGAUUCGUACAGAAAUGGACUACUAGUGGUAGUAACUAGUGAAUAAUAUACUGCUGAUAUAAUUUGCAAUCGGAUCAUUAUGUAUAACUACGAGUUAAUUACUUUGUCUAAUUGUGUUACUUAUAACAAAUAAUCACAGUUCCUCUCGUAUCCAUGUAACAUCACGAAUGUUCUUUUAUAUACACACGAUGCAUAUUACAAAA